GGGCUCCCUGGGGGGGGGGGGGCGCAGAUGAACAGGCCUGCCUGGGCUUGUGGAAACACAUUGACUUCUUAGCAAAAGGGAUUGAUCGCUGGCGUCUAGGACUCUUGGACCUUAUUCGCGACGGGAAAAUCCCCCCCCAAACCCACUCAAAGUAAAGGUCUUUCCCCCUCUCUAGUCUUGGUGGAUUAUAAAUCGUCCCUUAGACAAUUUCCUCUGACCCAAAUUAUGCAGUUUGCUGCCAUCUACCGUCCGUUCGGGGACAGGCGGCUUCGGCACAGCCAGCCUCUCGGUACUUCCCCGAGCCCUGCGUGUUUGCUUGGAGCUCGGGCCGCGCGGUUCCGUGGGAUUCUGGCCCACGCCGAUGCUCUCUGCUUCAUCUUAGUCCCCGGAUGCAGAUUUUAGAAAACGGAAUGAGUCUCUUGUCACAUCAUCCGCAACCUUCUCCCAUCUCCUGCAGACCCUGCACUCAUCCCAGCCACAAACCUGCAGGCUGGCAGAGGAAGAGGCAGAUGUUGAGAGAGGAGUAAUACUAUAACCCACGGACAGGGGUACUGAGUCAAAGGGUUGAGGGUUCAGCCCCACGACCCUCAUCAGCACCUAAGACACGAGACACGACUGGGCCUCUGGAGAGGUGUGAGGCCAAAUCUGUUCAAGGUUUAUUUAGUUUUCUUCACAGCCAAGCCGGGGGAGGGGGGGCGGCCAAGGGAGGCGCCGACCGGGCAGUUCCACUCGGUUGUUAAAGACAAACCCAGUCUGUAUUCUUCCAGUUGGUUUGUGGGUAUUGCCAGUUCCUAAGCUGUUGAGUCCGUGGUGAAGGAGUUGAACUGAGUUUUCUGGAAACUGCGGUGACUGCAAGUGAGUGUUGGUCCCUUCCCCCAUUCUCGAUCGUUUCACGCGAAAUCGGCGCAAAAAAAAAUGUCUUUGGUGGAAAAUCGGGAGUGAGGAGAAACCAUUAAAAAAAUCAAAACCAAAAUCUCUGUAAUUUCCGUUCCUGUGGGACCCUUCACACCAGGUUAACGGAACCGCUUUCCCAGAAGGGGGUGUCGAGGGCUGGGUGAGCGCCUCCGCCUCGGCGUUGGAGUCUUGACUCCUGUCUCACCGGUUACUGAUUAGCUCGGGCUUUCAAGCUGCAAGAGGAAGCUCUGGCUGCCCCUUUCAAGGUGCGGUGGCCCCCAUUCCUGGGCGGGGGCUGCAGGAAAUUGCCUGCUGUGCCAGGCUGGCCAAGGUGUUACUAAGGUCUGGCUGUGUAGUGCUGGGGGCACACACCCCCGCCGCUGCCCGGCACCCUAGAGGACUCCAGAGUCUGAGCCUCUCUCUGGAGCAGGUCUUUAAGCCUUUUUCCCCUCUGCUUGGAAAGAGUGACUUUCUGGCGGCUGCACCAUCGGGCUUAGUGAGUCGCUCCACGGGAGGCCCCGAGGGAUCUAGCAGGAAGAUCUGGGGCCCUCCUAAAUUUUUUUCUUUUGGGCAAUCAGAAGGAAACAUAGGGAGGGGAAGUCGAGCUACUAUACAGAGGCUUGAAACACUUCGGGGCUCUUAGGGUAAGGGUGAACGGGGGGAGUGGAGUGAAGGCUCACCCACUCCUCCUAGAAGAUCAGAGAGGAUGCCGCUCAUUUGCAUAAUGGAAAUGAGGUCUUUGUACCUCGAUUUGGAUCAGUCGAUUUUAGGGCAGAGUGUUCAAGUAAAGAGCCUCUUUCCAGUCUGUGGGAGCCACCACAUUGCACCACUGGGGCACAUUUCGGACAACCAAAAUCCAGGGGGAGAAAUGGGUUUAAAAGAUUUUCAGCAGCCCCACCCCAGGUAAAGUUGGGGAUGGGAUAUGAGAAGGUACUUUCUAUUUAAGGAGCUGGGGUGUGUGUGUGUGUGUGUGUGUGUGUGUGCUUUAUAUCUUAGGGGAAAUAGGAAGCCUAGCUAUUGUCUCAUCUCCUCCUCAUGUAGCAGGCAAAUGCUAUUCCUAAGAACAUCGCCUGCUGCAGAUUUCACUCCUGAGCUGAACAUGACUUCGGCAACGUUUCUCUGGGAGCUGGAAUGUGUGUGCUUACCCACGAGACUGCAGACUCAAAGCACAGAAAAUCGCAAUUAUAAAUCCUGCCUGUGGGUUAGCAGGACAAUCCCUGCGCUGUGUACUGAAGACUUGGGAUACAUUUACUCCCCUCCCUCGGUGAUGGAGAACUGGCUGCUGCCUGCUGUGUAUUUACAUAUUUCCUGGUGGAGACAGACAAACUGAGGUGGAUGGAACCACAGACAGAUCAGUAGAGAUCUGGCUCCAGAAACCAGGCGGUCUCUGGCCCAGCUCUGCCUGCCUGCUCUUUUUCCCAAACAAACGGAUCAGAUGAAUAAACGCUCAUAAAUACCUCUGGGCUUAGAUAAGAGCGAUGAGGCGCUAUUUCCUUUCAUGCCCGACUCCAGGCGCCCUGGCCCUGCCCAUAGUGGCUCCAUCUCCAGACAGGCAACCUGCAGAGGUGAGGUUAAUUUGAGGGCUGCUACUUUAAAGAAUAAAGCAAUAAUUUCCCUGCUUCUACCACAGGGGAAGGCCUCCUCUUUCACCUCCUCUUACCUUUUUUCUUUUUAAACAUGGGCCGUCUUUAACAUACCAUCUUUCCUAUGCUGAGGGCAUUGUGACCUGGGAGAAGGGCUGAGGCCCAAGGCCCAGUCUCAGUGGCAAGAUUGGGGGAGGGGUAAAUAUUCUUCUGCAUCUUGUUCCCUUGCUGAAACAGCCCGGUACUCCUUUCUCAGUAUAGGCCCAGCCAUUUCUAGGUUGGAGUAUUUCUGCUUUCUUCAUCAUUAGAAGGUUUGAGAUCUUUUUUAAAAACCCACCUCCCCCCCCCCAUGUUUAAGGCUAAAGAGAGAGACACCCAGGGAUGGUCAUUGUGCCACAAAGGGGCAGCCUAGCAGUUGCUUUGAGUUCAAAGAGCUUCAGAGGCCACUUUGCAGCCAAAUAAAUCCUCACUUUUGAUCACCCACCCUCAGCCCUUUCCUGUUAUCAGUGGGCAGAAGUGGACCACAAAAAGGAGCCCAAAAGAACAAGGCAGAGGUGGGUCAGCCUGGCCUGACUCCAGACAUCAUUCUUACACCCAUUCCCCCUAUGUUCGGGUUGUCUGACCUGUGUGUGCACAUUGGACUGUCAGAAAUACAGUGUGCGCCCUAGCUUGGGGGUCUGUGUUCAUUUUAUCUGGGUGAGAGAAGAGAGUGAGAGAGUAGAUGCCCAAGUUUUCAGGGCAGCAAAGCAGGUGAAACAAACAGGAGGCAUGGGAGGGGACAGGAGAGUGGCUAUGAUGAAAGCUAGAGUGGGCAUGCCAGGUGAAGACUGGAAGAUGGUUCCUGAGUGCCUAGGUGGACUUAGCAGCCUUCCUUCCUUAAACGAAAUUUAAACCAAGUUUUGGAAUGGGAUUCAUAGGGAAAGCAGGACAGAAGAGAUGGUUCUUUUCAAUGGGCUCUCAUCUUCUCCGAUGAGGACCUGAAGACUCACUCCCCUCCCCCCCAAAUAGGGUUUCUCUGAGUAGCCCUGGCUGUCCUGGUACUCAGUUUGUAGACCAGGCUGGCCUCGAACUUGAAGAUCUGCCUGUCUCUGCCUUGCAAGUGAUGGGAUUAAAGGCAUGUGCCAGCCACGACCACCCCUCUACUCACAUUUCUAAGAGGGCAAUUUCUUCCCCGUAUCUAGAUUUACUGGGACAUCCUCGAUUUUAAAGCUCUGUAGCCAGGAACUAUUCUUACAUCAUCUGGGGUGAGGGAUAAGGAUGGAUUGAGUGGAACCAGAGCGAGGGUUGCAGGCAGAACAGAGAUGCAGCAAAGUCACCUAGGCCAGGGCUUGCAGCUUUCCCCUCGCUUUAGAUCACCAAAUUUAGAGAUGGUUAGUUUCUUUCUCUGGAGCCCCAAUCCCAGUCGAGACUGCAAUCAGGCAGGCUGAGCUGUCUUGUACUUAAGGACAGGCUUGUCAGAAGCUACUAGCCUAGUGGAGCAGCCGGAGAGAGAAGCUUGGGCUCACAUACCCCUGCCAUUUCCUUCUUCUGGGUCUUCUAGGCAGAGGGAUUUGGCUUGCCCCCUCUAACCUUGAGAGCUGUGGAGAAGCGGGGGAUGUGAUGAACCUAAGCUUGCAAGGGGGAGAGACAGACCCGAUAAACAGGACAAACGAUUUUCCAAACCUGCUAAGGAGGGCGGUUCUUCUUACCCUGUUUCUAAAAUGAAGCAAAUUAGCGACAACCCCGUUUUCCCUUUACCAGCACAAAACCCUAGAAACAGACCUUCCCCCUUCAUUCUCUCUCAACGAGAUUCGUGGGCAUUUACCCAGACCUCCCUUGAGGGAACGGGCCCGUGCAACGCAGGGGUUAACUUUUCUGAAAACACAAUUAACUUUUCCCUAUUCCUGCGUGGAGUGGGGGGAGGGGUGUAUUUAUUUCAUCACUGGGGAAUGGGGUGAUCUCCAUCCAAAUGUUUGUUCCCUCCUCCCUCAAAAGCACAGACGCUUCUUUCGCAGAUCCUACGUAGGUGGAAGAGGGAGAGAGAGAGAGAGAGAGAGAGAGAGAGAGAGAGAGAGAGAGAGAGAGAGAGAGAGAGAGAGAGAGGAGAGAGAGAGAGAGAGAGGGGGGGGGAAAAGGUUGAUAGGUUUGUGCGCGGGUCCCUCGUGCGGGCUGCGCUCCUCCUGGGUGCUAUUUGACAAUUCCUGCCUCUGCCAUUGGUCAGUGUUGGAUCAGAUGGUUGUAUUUCCUUCUGGCCCUCACUGGCACCUCGCCAUCCCCCCUCAGCUAAAACCCAAUCUCGGCUAUACUACUAAUAGGCGCGGCGCUCGGACUAUAAAACACAACAAAUCAUAAACCCGGCGGAGCAGCAGCAGCCGCGCGCGCCUCCCCUCCCGAUGAGUUCCUAUUUCGUGAACUCCACCUUCCCCGUCACUCUGGCCAGCGGGCAGGAGUCCUUCCUGGGCCAGCUGCCGCUCUACUCGUCCGGCUAUGCGGACCCGCUGCGGCACUACCCCGCGCCCUACGGGCCGGGACCGGGCCAGGACAAGGGCUUUGCGGCGUCCUCCUAUUACCCACCAGCCGGCGGCGGUUAUGGCCGGGCGGCGCCCUGCGACUACGGGCCGGCGCCUGCCUUCUACCGGGAGAAGGAUGCGGCCUGCGCCCUCUCCGGCGCCGACGAGCCGCCCCCAUUCCAUCCAGAGCCGCGGAAGUCUGACUGCGCACAGGACAAGAGUGUGUUCGGAGAGACCGAGGAGCAGAAGUGCUCCACGCCCGUCUACCCGUGGAUGCAACGCAUGAAUUCAUGCAACAGUUCCUCUUUUGGGCCCAGCGGUCGGCGAGGCCGCCAGACUUACACUCGCUACCAGACCCUGGAACUGGAGAAGGAAUUUCACUACAAUCGCUACCUGACCCGGCGGCGGCGCAUCGAGAUCGCGCACGCCCUGUGCCUGACCGAGCGGCAGAUCAAGAUCUGGUUUCAGAACCGGCGCAUGAAGUGGAAAAAGGAGAGCAAACUGCUCAGUGCAUCUCAGCUCAGUGCGGAGGAGGAGGAAGAAAAACCAGCCGAGUGAAGGUGCUGCAAAGGGAGGGGGGACGCGAAGGGAGAGGCCUGUGGGGGAACCGAGGGCACCCGAAAGCCCCAGAAGGCUCUGCGGUCGGGGGGAGUCUGGGGACUUGCUCUCCAGCGCAAGACGGGCGGGGCCCAAGCGCUCUCCUGGACGACCCCGUCCGCAGAACUCUUCCUGGGCGCUUGGACGCUGCCCACCCAGCACCCCAGCGCCUCCUCCCUCCCCGAAGAACCCACCUUGGCCUCAUCACACUCCCUGGUGAGAACUGAGAAUCGGACUCACUUGACGUCUCUGGAAGCAGAGCAGAAUGCUCUUGUCCUUGUCGAGUCUCAUUUCGUCCAUGUCCCCCGUGCACGGUUCAAUGGUAGAUUCUCUGUCCCCUCAGCAGGGACCUGAAAGACUCCCUACCCCAGACUUGUCUCUCCUACCCCCUCCCCAAAACCACUGGAAGGAGCACAUACUACCUAGAAUUAAGAAGAGGAGCCUCAGAAGAAAACAAAGUUCUAUUUUAUUAAUUUUCUAUGUGUUGUGUUUGUAGUCUUGUCUUAGCUCGGGACGUGAAACACUUCGGUAAUAAUAUUAAUAUUAUUAAUAAUGAUUAUGAUGAUGAUGAUGAUAAUAAUAAAGACGUGAAAACUCGCA